AUGAACCACUUUAUCAAGCAAGAAGAAGAGGGGUACACAGACUUCUUACAUGAUCAUGCUCCCUGUCGAGAAGGGCCAUUGAUGAUGCCUGAAGGAGAAGAGAACUUCUUGGCACAGAGCUCUUUACAGUUGGCCCAUUUCAUCAAUCAGAUCUACGACUACCAAUAUCACCCGUCAUGUUAUGACUACUGGCUUCCUCAAAACCCGGCCCUGAUGACGACUAUAUGUAUCAAGCCAGAACAUAUGACCUUUUCGCUUCCUGAAUCCAACAGUACGACUGCGACCAGUACGGCUACCACGACGCCUAUCUGCUGUACACCUGAUCCUGCCAAAGUAGAAGAAAAGGAGGUCCAAAAGAAGGUUAAUAAAAAGAAAGAAAGUAAGAGGAAGAGAAUCAAGGCUUAUGACAGUCAAACGACUGCCUACUUGCAAUCUAUGUUCUUUGAGACGUAUAGCAAGCAGACCAAGUUGACAAAGCAGCAAAGAUUAGAAGUACAGAGAAAGACAGGCUUACCAUCUCGUAAUAUUACUUAUUGGUUCUCGAAUCAUAAGAGAAGAUUUCAAGGGUCCUUAAGCGUGUUUAAGAAAGUGAUGGAAAAUAGUAAUGGUGCAGUUGCGACUUAUGACGAUUUCAUUAAAUGGCGUAGAAAUCAAGGUUUACCUGACAAUGUCACUAAAGAAGAAUUACAAAAGCAAUAA